AGCAUGAACAAGCAGUCUUAUACCAGACGUUGGCUGUAUAGCUAGCCCGACCUGUAAGACUCUAGGAAUGAAGAACGUGAUUGACGUUAUUCAAAAUCACUUAAGCGGCUGAUUUGACAGUAUGACGUCUAAAGAAGAAAAUCAGAGCCUUCUACAUGAUGAGCCUACUCAGAAAUAUGGCAUCACCUUAAUGGAAAAGCUUACGUCAUGUCGCUGGCAUGUCGGUUUUGUAAUUUGUUUACAAAUGUCAUGUUCAAUGAUGCUACGUAUGAAUAUGACCAUGGUUGUAGUUUGUAUGAAUCCAGGAAAUAUGACAACUACCGUGGUCCAGAAUGGGUCAAACGUCACAAUAAGAGACGAGUAUUUAGAUAACUACGUAUCGUGGGACAACACAAUGGAGGGACUACUGAUAUCGGGAUAUUACAUUGGACUAUCGAUCACAUCGUUUGCAUUUGGAACCUUAACAGGAAAGGUCAGCGUAAAGGCACUGAUCACCGGUCUGACUUUGCUUAUUGUUGUGACGUCAGUCCUGACACCAGUCCUGACUUUCACGAGCCCAUACGCUGUUCUGGCUACCCGGAUAGCAAUCGGCAUGGCAGCGGGAGGGGUUGAACCGGGAGCCACACAGUUACUGUCCAACUGGGCUCCGCUUCCGGAACGGGCGCAGAUGAUGGUUGUAGUUGAAUCAGCAAAUAGCAUCGGCGGGAUUUUGAACUUUCUCCUCUCAGGACUGAUUUGUUCCAUACCUGUCCUAGGAGGCUGGCCGUUUAUUUUUUAUAUAUUUGGUGGAUUAAACUUGCUCGCAUUAGUGGUCUGGGGCUUCGUUGCCUAUGACAAACCUAGUAUGCAUCCCAGAAUAACACCAAAGGAACUUGAAUUUAUCGAAAAUCACAGGAUCAAGACAAGAGCUGACACGAAAACACAUAUACCUUGGCUGGAAAUGAUGACAUCGUCUGCGUUUUGGGGAUGUGUUCUCGGUUUUAUCACUUCCGGUAUACUCUUUAUGAUAAUGGCUAUAUGUCUUCCGCUGUACAUUGAACAGGUUUUAAAGUUCGACGCAACAUUGAAUGGUGUCAUCUCAGCAAUAGUUUUUGUCGGCAGAUUAGCCGGAGCCGUGUUUUUUGGAUACCUAGCCGACUUCGUCUAUUCCAAAGGACGUCUUUCGAUAUGUAAUCUGCGUAAACUAUUUCAAACGACUGGUCUGCUCGGAUCAGUUCCCCUUGUGAUCUGGAUUAGCUUUCUAAGGGAGAGCGACAAGCUUCUGGCCAUUGUACUUAUAACCCUGUAUUGGUUCAUUCUGUCUGCUAUGAAUUCCGGCUUCCGGGUCAAUCCAGCCGAUAUUGCUCCACGCUUCGCUGGACUAAUAAAUGGAAUAAGCAUUAAUCUUACUGCUGUGUUAUCUGCCAUUGCACCUUUGAUUGUCGCUGCCGUCACACCGAAUGGUACAGCGGAGGAGUGGCAAAAUGUGUUUUACAGCGUUGUUGGAGUGUCCGUCGUAGGUGCGGUGGUGUUCGUGGUGUUGGCUAAAGGUGACGAACAGGAAUGGGCAAAGGAUCCGGAUCUCGUCACUGAAGAGGCGAUAAGAGAGUCGAACAAGGACAAAGCUGUCUCUAAACCUCAUCUAAAUGGUCUGGAUUCGGAAUCUACACCGUUGUUAAAUGCCAACACCAAAUUAUGAAAUGAAAACUCUUUGAACUAUAUCAAUAGUUUAUGCUUCAUGCAUGUUACUUCUGAUUUUUGCUCACGUUUGAAGAAAUGUUAACCUUAUUUCACAGUGAAAUCAGUCUCCUUUUAAAAGCAUAACGCCGAUUCAAAAUAAAAAAAAUCAAAUAGUAAUAUACAGGUGUAUCGUUUUAUAACCUUAUCUAAUAAUGGAUUACUUGCUAUAUGGCAUAGCAUACUAUUUAAAUGUCCGCUUUCGUCAGUCUGUCAAUCUUUUCGCGUCCAUUCAACCUUUUUGAAAUAUGAUGAGAUUACAUUGAAACUUGGUCAACAGGUACGUGAGUAUAAUAGGAAGUCGAAUGUCAAAUGCGUCGAUGGUAAGAAUUGAUGCACAUAAUUAAAAAAAACAACAAUCGGAUUGGUCGUUGCAUUGGACGGGGAAAACUGACUGAAACCUUACAUCAACUGAUUUCAUAAUAGUCAUGUCGCCAUAGUGUGGUACAUUUUGAAUUGAAAUGCAACCUGAUAAGAUAUAUUCUUAAUAAAAUUUCACUGUAACUUAACAUAUUGGUAUCUCUAGAGUUUCGUAUUAACCCAUGCAUUGUAAGGUCAUGGGUCGAUAUUCACGGUCACAUUGUUAUAUAUAAAUCCGUUUUGGUCAAGAUCAGUAUAACUGCGUGCAAUUGUAGUAGACCUGUAAAUGAAGGUAAAUUGUCAUAUUGCUGUAACUGGAUAUUUUUUUAGCAACUUUAAAUGCUCAAAUUGCCAUUUAUCUCCUUUAUUUUCGUUAGUGUGAUGUACUUUUUCUUAAUCAUGUUUUUGUUUGAGUGAUGUUUUUUUGUUUGUUGUUGUUUUGUUUCUAUCGACCAUUAAUUGGCCCCAUUGACCUGUCCUGUGCUGUUAGAACGGUAUUCUAGAAUUUAAUAAAAUUAAUUUGAGCUCACAUUGUUCAAAGAGACUUUGCCGUACAGUGGCGUCCUUAAUCACAAAUGAAACAGUUAUGAUAAUUUAAGGUCGUGCCCAAUGUGUGUUGUGUAUGCGUGAAUGUGUAUAAUGUAUACUUGAGGCAAAAUGUUGGUGUAUUUGCCUCCUUGUGAUAGCGCAGUUCUGAUGCCAACUGUCUAGUGCUAACGCACUGAAAUGACAUGCCGAAAGCACCCGGCACAGCAUUCUAUCCGGUCACAUACUGACUUCAAGUUAACUAUUGAACAAAAAACAAUAACAAUGGUAGUUGUUAUACCCUGCUUAAUGUUCAGUAUUUAGGAUAAUUGCAACAUGUGGCCGGGCGGAAGGCUGUGCUGGGUACCUCCGGCAUGGUAUAUCAGUGUGAUAGCACUUUAAAGUCGG